AUGGCCUGGAUUUCAGCUAUCCUCUGUACUGCUGGCUGCCUCUUUCCCUAUUGGUUGAGGGGAUCCUUCAAGGUCACCAUUUGGACCCCCAACGCUACCACUAGACUUCUUACCAGCCAUGUAGGUCUCUUCCGACGAUGUGUCUAUCCCACGUACUCGCCGUCGAUGCAGUCGACAGCCAACGAUUCCGGCAUUGCUCUACAAUCGAAUUGUGGUCACUACUCCUUUGCAGACAUUCCGCAUUUUGCUUGGAAGAUUGGUCUAGUCACGCUGGCGGUAUCCUGUGUCAUUCUCUUUUUCAUCACCUUUUUCCUCUUCGUGUCGGGCUUCAGCAUUUCCAUUCUGGCCAACAGCUGCGUUUGCAAGUUAUGCCAGUUUGGGUUCCUUGUCUCGGGUCUGCUCGUCGCCUUCACCUGCAUAAUGUAUCCAAUCGGCUGGAAGACAAAUGAAGAAGCUCGACAGAUAUGCGGUGCCUCCGUGGGCGCCUUUAAUAUCGUCAUUCACAAUCAGUCACUGAUCGACCUUGGCCUUCGAGUGCGCACUUAUGGUGCUCCCUUUCGUGGUCUAAGCCAAUCAGGAGGUAGCGAACGUGAGAGCAACUCUCCGGAUGCUCGGCAUUUGGACACGAUGACUGUGGGCAAACAGCACUGCGCAGAAAUGCCCAAUGGUGUUUACGUGAGUGGUCCCACUGUGCCCCUCCUAAGGAUCGAAAACACCGCCACCCCCACCGAUCAGUCCUCACUCAACCAAGGCAGCUUCAGUCGCGAAACGAGCAGCGUACAAGGCAUGGUUGCCAUGACAUCCAGCACCUACGUUUCAACGCCGGAAUUCCGUGUGCUAAUGCCUGCAACACCUGUGAUCAUUCAGACGCAUUAA